AUGGCUGUUGGGGCAUGUAUUAGAGGGUUUCAAUCUUCGAUGCGGCCAGUCAUUGCUGUGGAUGCCAUGCAUUUAAAAUAUAAGUAUAAGGGUGUCCUUUUUGUUGCUAAUGCAUUUGACAGAAAUCGAAAUAUAUAUCCUCUUGCUUUUGGAAUUGGGGAUUUAGAGACGGAUGCAUCAUGGCAUUGGUAUUUCAGUAAGCUUCAUAAAGUCAUUAGUGAGUGUCCAAAUCUUGUGAUUAUUUCUGAUCGGAAUAUUAGCAUAGAGAAUGUAUGGCACAACAUUUUUCCAAUGGUGCAACAUGGCAUAUGCUUUUACCAUAUGAAAGGGAACAUGAAACACACUUUCAAAUUGAAAAAACGUGAUAAAUUAUUGCUAUACUUUGAACAAGCUGCAAAAUCUUAUGGCAUCGCUGAAUUUGAUCGUCAUUUUCGCAAGAUCAAGGGAAAUGAUGAGGUUGCUCAAUAUCUUGAAAGUGCAGGAUUACACAAGUGGUCUAGAGCUCACAUGGAUGGACGUCAAUACAAUGUAAUGACAACAAAUAUUGCGGAGUCAAUCAACUCAGUUCUUCGGUUCACAAGGAAGCUACCAGUGGUGCAUUUGAUUGAUGAAAUCAUCAAUUUGCUUGUGAAAUGGUUCAGUAAACGUCGUGAUUUUGCUUUGAAAUGUACAUCAACAUUGUGCCCUGACUUUGGCGAGAAGAAGUUGAGACGCAGGUUGGAAUGUGCUUCAAGGAUGAAUGUCGUGAAACUGAAUCCCGUAGAGUAUAAUGUCGUGAACGGUGAUAUGGACGGCCACGUACAUUUGACGAAUAACACUUGCAGUUGUAGGAAGUUUCAGCUUGAGCAACUACCUUGCAAGCAUGUAGUUGCAGUUUGCUGUUUCUUGAAACUAAAUGUAUACUCCAUGGCUUCUCGUUAUUACACUCGAAAUACAUGGUUGGAUGCUUAUUCAGACACCAUAUACCCGGUACAGCCUCAAGAGUUGUGGGUUAUUCUUGAAGAUGUCCAAAGUAGAGUUGUGUGUCCUCCCAAUGCAAAUGUCAUGCCAGGUCGACGAAAGAAGUUAAGGGUUCUCUCGCAAGGAGAGGAUAUCAUAAGGAGAAAAUGCUCAAGGUUUGGUGUUCUGUGGAUUGUGAAUUAUGUUAAAUUUUCAUAA